AUGGUUUUGCAAAGUGAUUCCGUCGGCCUCUGUCAAGUAAAAGGAUUUUUACUUUCUGAAGACACUACAACAACUUCUUUACUUCAAUCAUCACAAUUAGCAAUGGGGGAUGCACCAACUAUUCGCUGUCCGGAAGGUACUCGUGUUGUUGCUUUAUGUAAACGUGGAGCUAUUCAAAUUGGUUCUUUGUCAGCUUCUUAUUUUGAAGGCACAAUUGCCGUUUUCUUUGACAAUGGGAUUGAUGCUUAUGUCAAACCAACAGAUAUUCGUUUAAUGUUUAACCAGCCAUUGGAUGAUAACCAAAAAUUCCAACCAAGGCUUGCUUUUAAAAAUGUUGUGAAUUCAACUAGAGCUGAAUUUAUUCGUCAUUAUCUUGCUUGUUAUCCUGACUGGCCUUUGAUACAACUUAAGAAAACUGAAAAUAUGCAAAGAAUUUUGGCAAUUCGGAAUGGUUUAAACGAUUCUGCUUUCGUUUUGGAUGUUGAUAGGCAACUUGCUCUUCUUCGUUUUCCUGGAAUGAAUAAAGCUGCUUGGCCUUCAAUUCAAUCUAAUGUUGUUAAAAAUAUUAAAGAUUGUGUGAACAUGCCCACAAUGAUGAAUGGGUAUAUCGAGGAAAUCCUUUACGUUUUCCAACUCUUGCCCUUUCAACAAAUUAUAAUCAACAUUCUACUCAAAAUAACCAAAAUACUCAACAACAUUUAUCUGGGACCUCUUGUUAGAACUGGACGUAAAAUGGGGCAAUUCGAAAUGGCUCAUCCACUCAAUAGUGUAGAUUUAUAUAAAUCAUUUCAAAUAAUGCAAGAAAUAAGACAUCAAACAGCAAGAAAAUCAUCAAAACAACAAUCUAUUGAAUUGCCACCAAUGCAGACAAGAUCUUCUGGAACUCUUUCAAAACGAAAACAAUUAACUUCAAAUGUUCAAGAGGAACGUAUUGUUAUUCCAAAAUGGAUUCGUCCAAAAAAUUUCCAUAAAAGCAGUGGCAAUGGAACAACUAGAUUGACAUGUUCACCUGUCUGUUUGAGUUCAAUUAAAGUUACAAAAUAUCCUGAUCGCUACCACUCUCCAUAUUCUAUUCCUUUACUAAAUGGAUGGGCUAGAUUGACACUCAACCUUGCUUGUGAUUCCAAUACUAAAAGUUCUGUCAAAAAAUAUUUUACAGUCAAAAAGAAAAUUGUCUACAAAACUCCUUGUGGAAUUCAACUUUCAUUUAUUGAACAAAUUGCUGAAUAUUUACAACUUACAAAACAACAAAAUUUAUCAAUUGAUAUGUUUACUUUUGAUUCUCAAGUUAAACCUGAAAUUAGAAUUAAAUUGGCUAAUGUUGUUUUGGAAGAUUUUACAUCGGGUCAAGAAGCAAUUCCUAUACCUUUAGUGAAUGCUGUGGAAAAUGCACCUUUGCCUGAUAUGAUUUAUCGACCGAGGAGAACUGGAAUAAAAAGAAUGGAACCAGGCAAGAGUGGAAACAAACUUGUUGAGGAAUCUAUUAGUCCAUUUUUCUGUACUGGCUGUACUUGUAUAGAUGACUGUACGAGUGAUAAUUGUGAAUGCCGUCAAUUAACUAUAGAAGCACAAAAUCAACUGAGUGAGUCUUUGAAAAUUCCAAAAUCCUCACCUAAAGGAUAUAAUCAUCGAAGAUUGGAAAAUAAACAUAUUAGUGGUAUUUAUGAGUGUAAUUCCAACUGUAAAUGCAAUAGAUUAACCUGCUUCAACCGAGUUGUUCAGCAAGAUCUUCAAAUACCUCUAUCAAUGUUUAUGACUGCUGAUAAAGGUUGGGGUGUUCGCACACUUGUCGAUAUUCCUGAAGGGACUUUUGUCUGUACAUAUGCUGGCGAACUUAUUGACGAGGAAGUUGCAGAUAGUUUACAAAACGAUAUAUAUUUUGCCGAUUUGGAUUUAAUUGAUGUUGUAGAGCGUGAAAAGAGACAGCAAGGGAUUGAUUAUAUAACUGAUGAAGGUUAUGGAGAUGAUGAAGUUUCGGAAACUCAAAAAAGUAGAAAUGUAUCUGAAAUUGAUUUAACAUAUGAGGAUGAUGAUGAAGCUUUUGUUGAGCCUUCAACUAGUCAACAAUUGGAAGAAAAUGAACCAAUCUCGGAAAUGGAUGAUCAAUUACGAGCAAUUGGAGUUUUGAAAGAACCAAAUGUUCAAAAAAUUAAUAAAAAGAAGAAAGUUAAACCUUGGAAAGAUAAAGAAUUUCAAGAUUAUUUUGGGAAGAAUUUUUUGUUUGUUGUUGACGCUGCUAAAACAGGAAAUAUUGGACGGUUUUUAAAUCAUUCUUGUGAACCUAAUUGUCAAAUACAACAUUGCUUGGUUGAUACUCAUGAUUUGAGAUUUCCUUGGUGUGCUUUUUUCACAACAAAAUUUGUAAAAGCUGGACAGGAGAUUACAUGGGAUUAUAUGUAUGAAAUUGGGUCAGUUGCGAAUAAAGUUAUUUUAUGUUCUUGUGGCUCAAAUAAUUGUAGGGGCAGAUUACUUUGA